AUGGACAAUUACAUCACCUGCAAAACCUCACUUGAGAAUGCCUUUACAAAACUUAAGUCAAUGGAAGAGAUUGAACCAUUUCCUGAGUUUCACCCGCAUCGACAUCCCGCAGAUGGACCAUAUAUUGGCAAACGAGAAUAUCAAUUUUACCAGAGCGCACGGGAAAAUUCACGCCCACCCGCCCUUUUCCAGGUACGACGCUGUGAUGAGCCGGGUUUGAGCAGCAACAGAUCCGGUGCGAACAACGGAGGGAAUCGAUAUAUGGAUCUAAAGGCUGACCUCAUUCCUUUACCUCUUCAAAUUCGCAAGAAUCGCAAGGACAAAAUGCCAGAAAACCAACUCUACAAGAAUCCACUUCCUCUCCCCGCAAGACCGCUUCCUGAGCCCCCAGUUGUUAUUUCCGUGAGCCCAGCAUCCGACAUCAGAAAUGGCACUGUCGACUUUACGCCACCGUCAACGCCUACAUAUGAUGAUAAAUCAACUAAGAAGGAUUCGCUUGAACCAACACCACGAAUGAUGAGCAUUAUUGCUUCGCUUUCUGCCCAGAUAGAUGAAAAUAUCAGGGAACUGUCGUCGCUCAUCAACAAGACGACAGAACUUCAGCGCAUUCAUAAAGCUAGAAAGAUGAAUCGCCUAGCUUCUUACUGGAGCUUUACACCCACUUAUCCCAACGGCGCCUCUACGGUAAACGGAACUACCGAGACACAUGAUAUAUAUGGCAAUACAUAUACAAAUGGUUUAACUGGUGUGGGCUCGAGUUCGUCAGACGAAGGUAAACAGCAGCGAAUCGCGCGUCUGAAGGCUGAAGGGUGGAAUACCGUUGGAAUCAAGUCUGUCGAGCGUGGAUGGAAAGGAACAUUACACUAUGAUAGGGUUUGCAGUGAGGCUCUUUCUGAGCUAUACGAGCCCUGA